AUGACAACUUACAGCGACCUGGAUCGAAUAGACCGUUUAAUCCUGCAUGAACUACAGUCAGAUGGCCGGCUCAGCAACGCGGGCCUGGCGGAGCGGGUCAAUCUGUCUGAGUCAGCCUGCUUGAGGCGUGUACGAGCGCUGGAGGACAGUGGUUUUAUACGCGGUUAUGUCGGCCUGGUGGACCAGUCCAGCGCCGGCUAUCCCGAUAAUGUAUUUGUGCGGAUUACACUGCUCAGCCAGCAGCAGGACGAUCUUGCAGCUUUCGAGGCCGAAGCGCGGGAAUUACCUGAAGUGAUGGAGUGCUACCUGAUGAGUGGCGAUGCCGACUAUCUGCUGCGGGUUGUGGUGGCUGAUGCACGCGACUACGAGCGCGUGCACAGCCAGCAUCUGACCCGGCUACCCGGUGUAGACCGGGUUCAUUCCAGCUUCGCUUUGCGCACCGUCACCAAAAAGACCGAGCUACCAAUCCGUUCAGCAGAGGCCGCAAAGCGUAAGUAA